AUGCCGUGGACGCUGUUUUUCGGGUUCGCUGUUGCAGACUGUGCGGCUCACCGAACCUCAUAUGUUCCAAAGGCUUGUGCCCGCCUAAAACGGCUGAGAUGUCCUGUAAAGCGGCUGUCUCUGAGGUGCCGUGGCAAGUCACGGGGCUCUACCCACCUACAUUUGCAGCUACGUGAACCUCCGCUCCGGCGUCGCACAGUUCGUGCAGCUGCUCAGGAUGCUCUGCAAGUUUACCGAGCACUGAAACCUCCCUGGUGCCAGCCGUGGACUAUUUUGCUUUUUGGUGAAGCUUGCAUCACAUUUUCUUGGUGCCUGUUACCAUUCCGUCCAUACUCAGCGAUAAUCACAUCAGUGCUUAUUCUGGUAUGGUGGUACGUGUUCCUUUGGGAAUACCCACGCAUCGCUAAAGCAACGCUCCACAGUUUCCGCUCGACGGCCUCCCGGGGAAGAAAGAAUCCACAAGAUGAUCCUUGA